AUGAACAAGGAAGAAUUCAAGAUAACUGAUAAAACUGCAUUAGAAAGCAAAAAUCUUUGUAAGAACUGUAAUAAAAUCCUCAAUGUAACACCAAUUAUUUGCAUCCUAGAAAAUGAUUCUGUACGUGAAAUAUGUGGUAGAUGUAGCUAUCAAGUGGCUCAGCUAGAGGGAAAGAAAUGGAGACAGUAUGCCUAUGAAAACUUCGCUCAGUUCCUGACAUAUCCUUGUUCCAACAAAAAAUUCGGUUGUGAUGCUAUUCUGAACUGGAAUCAAGUUCUAGAUCAUGAGAUAGCAUGCACAUUUCAAACCACUGCUUGUCCUUUGUCAUACACUCACAUUUUUCCUGAUAAAAAUUGUGACUGGAGUGGAAAUGUGAAAAAACUCAAUGAACAUAUUGAAGAUGCUCACAAGGAUUGUUUUGUUAGUCCUCCACAGUUUGACUGGCUUGAUUCCACAAUUAACAGUAUCUUCUUCACUCAUGUAGGAUCCCAAUUAGUAACAGUAGUGAUUAAGCAUGAAAUAGGGAACAAAUUCCACUGUUUAGUAAUGGUGAAUGGUAAUGAUAUAGAAAGCCAGUGUUAUCGUUAUCAGCUGGAACUCUUCAAUGAGAAUAGAGAUAAUUCUAUAAUACUUCGCAAAAGCAGACUAGAACCUUUAGGCUGUAUAUUGGAAAAUUUUAAGAAUCCAACAAAAAUGCUUGAAAUUGAUGUAGAUGUUAUUAAAGAAAUGCUUAGAAUUACCAAGGGCAUACAUGGUAAAUUUGGUAUUGUCAGAAAAAAUAAAAAGGAGAUUCUUCAACUAACUGGUAUAAAGGAUCCUGAAGUUCUGAAUGGAUGUACAACACCAUUAGCUGGCAAGAGUAAAAUCAUUCUUCCUGAUGAACCAAUGCUUCAAGAGUUAGAAUGUCCAGUUUGCAAUGAGUAUAUGAUACCUCCUAUUUAUAUCUGUCAAGCAGGUCACAGCAUAUGCAGUGAAUGCAAAUUGAAAGUAGCCAACUGCCCAAACUGUCGAAGCCAAUUUUCGGGUGCUCGUAACUUCACUUUGGAAAAAUUGACAACUCGAGUCCAUUAUCCCUGUAAAAAUCGAGAAAUCGGCUGCUCAUUCGUAACAACUUCGGACAGAAUUCGAGGACACGAAAGUUCUUGUGAACUAUCUGAGACGCCCUGUAUAUUGAGGUGCGCACACAGAUGCUUGAGGCCAAGUAUGUAUAACCAUUUGACAGAAAAACAUGCCAAUUCCUUACUGGCUGCCAAUACUUUACAUAUUCGCGAUGUCUCUGACAAAAAGGAAUCCUUCCAUGUGCUGUACGUGUUCGGCGAGCUGUUUCGAUUCAGUAUUAAAGGUAGCGGAUUCAACCCAUACAAAUUCAAUGUACAGCAUCAGGGUAUGGCAGAGGAAGAGCCAGUCUUCAAGUAUGAGCUGCAGUUCGUUGAUGAGUCGCCGCUAGGAUUGAAUUUGAGUAUGACAAAUAGCUGUCAGGUUUUAACUGAUGUUCCCAAUAAGGCUCAUGCUAAUGCAGUCAAUGUGCCCUGGGAAAUGCUGAAGCCUUUUAUAUUUGAUAACAAGUAUUUCUAUUUCAAGAUCAUGAUUAACAGAAUUUGA